AUGGCGGCGGUUGAGGUCGACUUGGGUUAUUUGUCAACCCACGCCGGUGUGCCCGAGAACGACCUCAACACGGCAGUGAGCGCGCCGACCGCUGAGCUCGUCGCAUCCGUGCUUGCAGCGAUUGUGUCCAAGCUCCGCGACCUCGAGCAGGACAAGUUCCAGCUAGGUGUCGAGUUGGAAGGCGCGAUCAGAGGCGCAGAGUCGAGAUGCGAGCAAUUCAAGGCCACCAGCGACAAGGCCCUCAAGGAGGUCGAAGAGCUGCGGCAGAAACUGCAGACUGAAGAAACCGCCCGGCGGUCUCUCGAAAAUGAACUGCAAACCCUCAAGUCUUCCGGCACAGCAUCGCUCUCCGAGAUCGAGACGCUCCGCGCGCGGAUCGCGUCCCUCGAAACCUCCAAUCGCGAGACCCUGGCCAUCGUUGAUUCCAAAACAACGGCAAACGCCAGCCUCUCCGAUGAAUUGCAGAAGCAGCAUCAGAAGAUCCUGAAGCUGAACCAAGAGAUCACCGCGCUAAAUCAAGCGGUUCAGACCGCCCAGACAGCUGCGAACUCUGCCAGAUAUCGCGAAGAGGCCCUCAAGCAGGAGCUGGAGCUGGCCAAGAAAAACAACGACUGGUACGACGCGGAGCUGAAAACCAAGACCGCCGAGAACCUUAAGAUCCGGAAGGAAAAAGGCGCUCGGAUCGCCGAACUGCAACGCCAGAACGACGACAGCCUUUCCACCAUUGAGUCGCUGACGCGCACCGAGCAGCAGCUUCGCAAGAGAUUGGAGGAGGCGCAGUCCAAGGCGGAGGAGGCUCUUACCAAGGCGCAGCAGCUGCAGGAAUCUGCCGCCCGCGCUGAGGAGAGCUUUAGGCAAGAAUUGGAAUCAUCGAGACGCCUGGUCGAGCUCAAGGAUCAGCAGUCGCAGACGCACCGCAACCGGCUCAAAGAAGUGGAGCUCAGGCUCGAGCAGGUGAAGGAUGAGGAUGCCGAAGAGAUCCGCCGCGUGCGCCGCGAGCUGGAGCAGGAGAAGGAGGGACACGCACAGACGGAGCUCCGGGUACAGGAGCUUCAGUCUGAGGUGGACCGCCUCCAAGCUGUGGUUGAUUCUCAGACUGGCGUCCCCGGUUCAGAAGGGCCACAGACUCCUCGGGCCAAUGGCUCCUACCUGGCUCGCCCGGCCUCUCCGUUCGGCACCCCGACAUCGAUACGCGGAAAGGCGUCGCAUCGUGCCACUGAAACGCUCGAGGAACUUCUCAAGGUUAAGGCGCAACUCACAGGCGAGCAGCGCCGGAACCAAAAGCUUCAGGAGGACCUCGACGAUGCCGUUACCAUGCUGGAGGCGAAGCUGCCUGAGCUCGAGGAGCUCCAGGCUGAGAAUGAGCGUCUCACAAACGAAAACAUUCAGAUGUCCGAGCUUGCGCAGCAGUCCUACGAGCAGCGGGACGCAGCUGUGAAGGCCUAUCGUAAGGCGGAAAGCGCCGCUUCUGCCGCACAGGCCGAGAUCAAGGUCCUCCAGACUCAGCUGCGCGACCUCAGCACCCAGAUUCACGUCCUCAUUUUCAAUGUGCACGCACGGGAGAAGGGCAUGGAUAACCUGACCGACGAGGAGAUUGACCAAUUCGAACGGCUCCAGCGCGGCGAGAUCGCCGAAAAUGCCUUGGACGACAUGUCGGAUACCCAUCGGUUCAUCACCGAGAGAUACACCGCUUUCAAGGAUGUCUUCGAGCUGCAACAGAAGAACGAGGAGCUGCUGAAGCUCACCCGCGAACUUGCCACCAAGAUGGAGAAUGAGGAGGCACUGGCUGCCAAGCAGCAGGCGGCUCAGGACCACGAAGAGGUUCAGCAACUUCGGGGUACCGUCUCGGCGCUGCAGGAUGAAGUUCAGUCCAUCACUGUGCGAAUGAAGAGCUACAUGACGGAGAGAGACAUGUUCCGCCGCAUGCUGCAGCAAAAGGCCACCCCUGCCGAGAUCCAGCAGGUCUUGGGCCUUCCUCGGGAAGCCGGCCAGGGCGAGGUCCUCGCUAGUAUCGAACAGGGCCCGCAGGCCAGUGACGCGAACCUCACUGUGGCCUUGAGAGAACUACAAGCACAAUUCGAUUCUUACCGGAACGACCAGGCCGCGGACAGGAACGCCAUGAAGGAUCAGAUCGAGAAGCUGUCGACCGAGAAGGGCUCUCUUCAAAGCGAGAUUGCUCGCCUCUCCAGCCAGCUCACCCUUUCGACUGAGCGUUAUAACAUGCUUGAGUCGAACUUCAAAGCCCUGCAGAACGAGAAACAGGAGCUGCAGAAGAGGAACCAGUCCCUGUCCGAGUCUGCUGCUAAGCAAGACAUGCGCACUCAGCAGGUGGCUGAGGACCUUGUCGAGGCUCGCAGCCUGGUCGAGAGCCUGCGGAGCGAAAAUGCCAAUCUCAGGGCUGAGAAGACCUUGUGGAAGACCAUUCAGGAGCGUCUCAGCCAAGACAACGAGAGCCUCGCCCAGGAGAAGACGAGACUCAACGGCCUGCUGUCCAGCCAACAGUCUCUUCUCAACGAGCGUGAGCUUUCCGAGUCCGAGACGAAGCGCAGGCUGCAGGCGCAACUCGACUCGCUAAGUGGCGAACUAAGCGCAACAAAGCGGAAGCUGUCCGAGGAGAUCGAAGAGGGCAAGAAGAUUCAGCUCCGAAAAGAAUUCGACGCGCAACAAUUCCAGAAACGCAUCGACGAGCUCACCUCCAUGAUCGGCCAGAUUAAGGAGGAGAACGUCCAAGUUAAGACGACCCGCGACCAUCUGCAGGCCCGCGUCGGCGAGUUGGAGAUCGAACUGCGGAACGCCCAGGAGCGCGCCGAGCGCCUUCGGCCGCUACCGACGCCGCGGCCUGGCACUAUCCACGAACAGCCUACCGACAAUGAGACCCAGGCGCGGGUUGAGGAGCUCGAAAACGAAGUCCAGGAGCUCAAGCACGAUCUUGACCUGCUCAACGUCCAGCUGGAGAAUGCCAAGCAGCAGGCUGAGCAAUUUAAGCAGCUCAGCAAGGACAUGGAGGAAGAGCUCUCGAGCCUCAAUGAAUCCCAUGAUCAGUACCGCCAGGAGAUGGACGCGGCGCUUGAAACAAAGACCAAUGCCGUCAACGAGCUUCAACAACGCGUCGAGGCGCUCACGGCCGAACUGUCGAAUUCGAACAACGAGCUUAACAGGCUGCGGGAUUCGCAGAGCGACGUCGCCAGGAAGUACGAGGAGAAGGAGCGGAUGUUGAACAGCGAGAUUGAGCGGCUGAAGGACGAGGAAGAGCGCUACAAGGAAACCGCGCGUUUCCACCAGCAAGACCUGCGUGCACAGGCCGAAAUCGCCACCAAAGCUCAACAGGACUACGAGCAGGAGCUCGUCAAGCACGCGGAAGCCGCCAAGCUCCUGCAACAGUUGCGGGCCGAGCACAACGAGCUCAAGACCCAGUCGGCCGCAUGGCGGGCCGAAGCAGAAUCUGCCAGGCUCACGCUGGCCCAGAGCGAGCAGUCCUGGGAAGAACGGCGGCAGCAACUCGAACAGGAGAUCUCGGAGAUCAAGGCGAGACGGGAAGACGUCGCGGCCCAGAACAAGCUUCUGCACCAGCAACUCGACAGCGUCACUGCGCAGAUCACAUCGUUGCAGCAGAACCGGGCUCAGGCUGAUGGCGAGGGCCCGGCGCCCUCCGUUGCCGACAGCGCAGCCGAGGGCCUCCGGGAGCUCAACAAUUACCUGCGCCGGGAGAAGGAGAUUCUCGAGGUGCAGUACGACAUCAAGCUCCAGGAGGCGAAGCGGCUGCAGCAGCAACUCGACUACUCGCAGUCGCAGCUUGACGAGGCGCGUCUCAAGCUUGAGCAGGAGCGCCGGGCACACGCCGACAGCUCGCGCAGCUCCCUCACUCACAAGGAGCUCAUGGAUAAACUCAACGAGCUCAACCUCAUUCGUGAGAGCAACGUCACUCUCCGCAAUGAGAAUCAGCGCGCCCAGGCGCAACUCGAGCAAAAGACCCAGAAGAUCGCAGAGCUGGAGGCGAAGAUCCAGCCUCUCGAAGCUCGCAUCUCGGAGCUCGAGCUCGAUAAGGGCUUCCAGGAACAGGAGAUCAGGCAGCUCCAGGAGGCGCGUGAAGGAUUACAGAAGAGGAUCGAAUCGAUCCUCAGCAAGUACGGCCAGGGUGAUCCCCACGAAGCGGAGCAGCUCAAGGCUUCCAUCUCGAGCCUCGAGGCAGAGCGUGACGCCCUCAAGGAGUCCGAGCAGUCUCUGCAGCAGAAACUCAAGGAAGCUGAAGAAGCGUUGGAGACCAAGACGAAUGAGUGGAAAGCAACCAAGGAUCGCCUUGCCGAGGACUUCAAGACGCGAUUUAGAAACAUGAAGACCCAACGCGACGAAGCCAUUGCCGAGAGGAAUACGCUCCAAAGCAACCUCGAGUCGGUCAAUGAACAGUUGGCAGGUGUGGAGAAGGACUUGGAGGCCGCUCAAGGGCAGCUGGCAGCGCUCACGGAGAAGAACGCGGCCUUGGAGCAACAGACAACGGCGGCACCAGCGGCCGAGCAACCCGCUGCUUCCGCGGACGCUGAUCGGCUCGUUGCGCUCACGCAGGAGCUCGAGAGCGUGAGACAGCAACUGGAAACCGUCUUGUCGCAAAAGGCUGCGUUGGAGGCUGAAGUCGAGCAGCUCAGGGCAGAACUCGCGUCGGCAAUCGCGGAACGUGACCAGGCCCUGGCCGCACGAGCAGCAGCAGAUGCCGGCGAGGUCGCCAUGGCGGACGCUGCUGCCGCGCCUGCUCAGCCGGCUGCUGGUCUCUCGGACGAGGAGCGCAAGGCGCUCGAGGAGAAGAUCGCAGCUGCCGAGGCCAAGGCUGCGGAAUUUGAACGGAAGGCCCGGGAGCUCGAGGAACAGUCAGACAGCAUCGUUAAGCAGCGGUCUGAGAAGAUGAAGAAUGCUCUCAAUAAGAAGCUCGCGGAGUCGAAGGAGGCGAUGGAGAAACAAGCUCAGGAGGACCGCGCGAAGCUGCAGGCCGAGUUUGACCUCAAGCUGCAGCAAGAACUGGCCAUCAUCAAGGCCGAACAGCAGACAGCCGCCCCCCCCAACGGUGUGCCUUCCACUCCGGCUCAGCCGACCGCCGCGACGCAACAGCCUCCGCCGACCCCGGGCGUCGAUCUCAGCGCCAUGAGCGACGCGCAGAUCCGCGAGUUCGUCGCCACGAACCCAACCGUCUCCGGCAUCGUCAAGUCCAACAUCAAGAGGAUGGUUGCCGCCGAGACGAAGAAAGUCAAGGAGGAGACCGAGGCGUCGAUGAAGACGGAAUACGAGCAGAAGAUCGCGACCGCGCGAGAACAGGCGGCCGCGCUGGUCGAGAAGAAGUCGGCCCUCCGCAUCAACAUGCUCGACCGCCAGAGCAAGACGGCACAAGCGAAGCUCGCUGUUGUCGAGACAGCGGCGAAGGAGACGCCGCAGAAGCCCGUGAUCGAGGUCUGGAACAUCGCAAAGGACGCGAAGCCCCCGUCGUCUCUGCCGACUCCCACACCGGUGACUGCUGCCGCGGCCGUAGUCACCUCCCCUGCCACUCCCGCGUCCGCAGGGCAAGCUUCCUCAGCGCAGCCGCAAGCGCAACAAGGCCAGCCUCAGCCUCAGCCGACACAACCGCGCGGCAUCCCGGUGCCGUCGGCCCGCGGCGGGGCUAGCGCCGGUCGCGGCGGCGGCAGGGGCGGGCUGUACCAGGCUGGACCCGGAGGCCGCGGCGGUCAGGGGCAGCGCGGUCGGGGCGGGUUUGGUAGGGGCGGUGCCGCUGCUGGGCUCAAUCCCAAUGCGGGCGAGUUCAAUCCGGGGAGUAAGAGGCCGAGGGAAGGGGGUGAAGGAGGUCAGCAGGGGGGUGAGGGGGGCAGAGGGGGGAAGAGGGCAAGGGGAGGGGGAGGAGGUGGUGGUGGUGGCGGGCAAUGA